AUGGAGACAAUUGCUCAUCGUUAUGUAGUACAUUACUUGGGUCUCGGCGCAACCAAUAUAAAAGCUGAACUGGAUUCUACUCUGACCAAACUGGACGGCGUGAAAACGUACAUGCGCAUGCGUCGCGUUCCAAACCACUUACAAGUCAAAGUGAUCAAGUGGUUCGACUACUUGUGGCUCACCCAAAAGUGUUCAGAUGAAGAAAGAGCCGUAUCGUGUCUUCCAGAUAAGCUAAAGGCUGAAAUUGCAAUCAACGUGCAUCUAGACACCCUGAAGAGGGUGGAAAUCUUUCAAAAUACUGAGGCUGGAUUCCUGUGCGAAUUGGUGCUUAGGCUGAGGCCGGUCCUGUUCUCGCCCGGCGAUUACAUUUGUAGAAAAGGUGAGGUUGGUAAAGAAAUGUACAUAGUGAACCGAGGUCGCCUUCAAGUAGUCGCCGACAAUGGCAGGACCGUCCUGGCCACUCUGAAAGCAGGCAGCUAUUUCGGAGAAAUUUCGAUAUUGAACAUGGGCACGGCAG